AUGUACGGUCACACUCUUCCGGACCGGACCGGACCCGGCCUCGGGUCCAUCAGCCUCUUCGAUGAUGAAGGCUCCGAAAAAUUCGUCGCAGUCGGUAUCGACUUUGGCACAACAUAUUCCGGUGUCUCGUGGGCCCGCUCAACUCGCCCCAAGGAACUCAACGAGAUCACCGGCUGGUCCUCGGAAGACCCGAGAAACAGGCGCGAGACUCAGGUCCCGACCUUGUACGACAUCGAUACAGGGAAAUGGGGUUACGAGAUCACGCCGGAUAUGGUGCCUAUGCGGUGGUUCAAGCUGCUCCUGCUGAACGACGACGACAUCCAGAAAGAGGAUAUUCGCAACUCCCCGCAGCUUCAACAGGCCCGCCAGCUGCUGGCUCAGUCAACAAAAAGGAAGAGGCCGGUCGAGAUCGUGGGCGCCUACCUCGAAAAGAUUUGGAACCACACCUACGCGACCCUCAAGACCAUGAUGGACAUCGAGGACCUGCCCCUCCGCGUGGCCAUCACCAUCCCGGCCAUCUGGCCCGCCUACGCCCAGGGCCUCAUGCGGGAGGCGGCAAAGAUCGCCGGCAUCACGAAAAAGCGCGACAUUGGCGAGACGACCCUGAUUCUGGUCCAGGAACCCGAGGCCGCGGCUUUGGCGAGCUUGUUCCAGCACAGCUCGUUUCCAGAGAUACAGAAGAACGAAUCUUUCAUCGUAUGCGAUGCCGGCGGCGGCACUGUCGAUGUUAUCAGCUACAAAGUCACAUCCGAACGCCCAUUCAAGCUCGAAGAAUGCGUCCCGGGUGACGGGAAACUUGCGGGGGCUUUCCAGAUCGACCAAGCUUUUGAGGCCCAUCUCCGCGGCAAGUCCAAGCUGAAGAUCACCUCACUCAGCGCCUCCGACUACAACCAGUUCAUCCAGAAGGAGUGGGAGCUGGGCGCCAAGAGGACGUUCAACAACACCAGCGAACCGAGGUUCUUCAACCUCCACCCGCCCAGCAAAGCAUACGGGACAAUGGCCCGGCUACGGCACAAGGAGACGCUGGCUAUCAACAAAGAGGAAAUGAAAGGCUUCUUUAGCAGGUCCCUUACUGGCAUUCGCAGUCUCGUCAACAGUCAGUACAAACAGAUAGAAAAAGCGACUGGGAAGCCGCCAAAGAAAAUACUUCUUGUUGGAGGUCUGGGCAGUUCCGAGUAUGUUUACGACGUGUUGAACGACUUGUUCGACAACAGAGUCCUUCGCCCCAGCGAUAGUUGGUCCGCCGUCGCCCGCGGAGCUAUCCUCCGCCUGUUACAGGAGAACAUCUCGUUGCAGACCACCCUGUCACCAAAGCAACGAGUAGCCCUAGCAGUCCUGCCGAAUGUGGUUUCUCGCAGGUCGAGGAAUCACUACGGUAUCAUGGUCGACACACCAGUAGAAACUGUGGAUCUCGAGCCUGAGGACGAGCCCUACAAAGACCCAGAAGGGGUGAACAGGGUCACAAGAAUGGAAUGGUACCUUAAAAAGGGCGACAAGGUCGACAAGGCCUCACGUAUCCCCAUCACGUACCACGGAUUCUAUCAAGCACCUCUACCUCCCAAGUGUACCUUCGACAUCAUGUACAGUUCCGAGGAUGUGGUUCCUAAAAGACCUGGACCAAAGGUGAUGGAUCUCUGUCGCAUCGAGUGCGAUUGGGACAAGCCUAUAGAGGAGUGGAAGACGGUGGGCAACCCGUACACGGGAUGGAGGAAGCAUGAGGACCUUGAGCUGACCAUGGGCCUGGAGGGCGAGCCCAAGUGGGAGAUUAGAGUUGGGUCAAAACGGGCAGAACACAAUUUUGAGGUUCAGUAUAUGGGAUGA